CCAGGGAACCCUGUUUUAAAGAUCAGAUAAGACUGAAACUCUUCCCAGGAAAAACCUGCAAAGCAACUGUAAUGUGGUUUGGUUGCAUUGUUCAGCUGUAGCUUACUCUGCGCUGAAACUUGCAGAUAUAUUAAACAGCACUGAGUCUGGAGAAGGAGCUCCUACUGGAUUAAAGAAUUUCGGGGUUGGGUUUUACAGUGAGCACAUAUUUUCAGUUGGUGGAAUGCUAGGGUCCAGCUGUCCCUUCAUUCCUUGUAUGCAGUAAGCUCUACGCAUGGAUUCCGAACACUAGCAGCUAACACAAAUGGACUUCGACUAUUUUUACUACACAGCAGCAUCUUUGGAUUUCUCAAACUGGAUUAGUGUUCGAUCAAUAGACUGAUGGAUCCACUGUCAAACUGAAAAAAUGCAGUUUGUGUAGUACAUUUAGACUACUUGGUAAACUGGAUUGUUGUGUUAUGCACCAGAAGUGAUCCACAGCAUCAACCUGUGUGUUAAGUGCAUUCUAGAGAGGAUUAUCACAUUACACAGUGCAUGCUAUUUAGUCCAAAGUGUAUAAUCUACACCAACAGGCUGCUGCAUUAAAAGCCAUCAGAAGUGUCAUUCUCAUAUAGAAAUAUUGAGUUAGCUUUACAUCUAGUCAGUUCUGGGUCCAGAUGUUCUUCAACACGGUGCUCGUGGUCCUGACGGACCUGGCGGCCCGGUUCCUGGGUAGCGCUAUUUUCCGGAAGCACUUCCAUCUGGUGCUGUCGGUACUGGUGAUGUUCGGCCCUGCACUAAGCUUCUGGGUCUCCCAGCACAGCGUCUUUGCCAAGAAAACCCACUUCCUCUACAGGAUAUUCUUGCGCUCUGGUUGGGGCUGGACCUGCAUCUUUGUUGGCUCCUUCGUCUUCCUCCUCUCCUUCUCCAUCCGUCGCUCCAUCUCUCUGUCCAUCCGUCACCUCUCUCGGCUCGGGGUGGCAGGCGGAUUGUGGGUCGGUUUCUGCAAACUCCUGGACCUUCUGGAGAACACCACCGGAAGCUGCUACGAACGUUUACUCAACAGCCCGGAGGUCACCAAUGGGCAGCCUCUGUUGGUGCUGCGAGAGGGGGCGAGUAAGUCAGAGUGCCUCAGAGCUGGGAUGCUGUGGAGGGGUUAUGAAGUUUCAGAAGAUGUCUUCCUCCUCUGUCUCUGCUGCCUGCUGUUGGCAGAGGAAAUCGCCGUGUUUGGCCCUUACCUGAAACUGGGUGGCUUCUCAGGUGGCCCUCUGAGGAUCCUCUUCCUGUUCUGUGUUCUCCUGCUCUGGCUCUGGAUCUUUCUGCUGCUCUGUCUCUUAGCUUACUUCCCUCAGUUCCCCACGCAGCUGCUAGGGGGCGCUCUGGGGUGUCUGAGCUGGAGGGGACUGUACCAGUGCUGGUAUCGCCUGGGGCCCAGCUGGUACUGCCCCGGGAGGCCUGGACAGGGACUUCUCAACACCAAGACCAACGAAGCUGCAGCAGAGGACAAACUGAACCAUAAUCAGUGCAAUUAAUUCAAGAAAAAAUAACAUACAGGUUUUACCACUGACGCAAUGGAAUUAAUCAGGAGCUCUAGGUGGUUGUUUGGAGACAACCUUGACAUUUGUGUUUGUUUCCUUCUCUUAAAAGUAAGACACAAAGUCCUGUUGGAGCUUGGGACAAACAGAUGAAGUGGGCUUUCAAAAAUGUAUUUGUUUUUCUCUAUAUGUAUCACACAUGCUCUUUCCUACUGUAGUUAUUAAAGGAUUGUUUGUGUGAACUCAUAACUUGGGGUCAUGUUACUCCCAGGAAUACCCACAAGAGAGGAAUUCAGGGGACAGUAGCCAUUUAGAUUCAGGCUGAAUGUAUUUGAGACACCCAGACUUUGAUGAUAUAUAGCUUGUUUACAUGUUGAGAAAAAAUGCCUUACUGAAAUGUUUUGAUGGGUAUUCAUUGUGCUAAUUUUAUCAAUUUGACAGUUGAUAAUUAUAUUAAUGUAUAACUUGUGAAAUAAUAAACUCAAAUUCUGUAAUCCUAUCUUGUUGAUAAGAUCGAAUAUUAGCAACAUUCAUGAUUUCUCUGUCAGUUUUAAAUUCUGCAACAGAUACAAAUCAAAACAAUGUUGUGACAUUAUCUGAACAGAGAGGAGAACAUGGUUUUUAGUUUGGUUGCACCUUCUCUCUGGUUCUAACACACAAAUUCAGUACUAUAUAAGCAAAGCAAGUCAUGGAAGAAACAUAGGGAUCGGUGAAGAAAAUAACAGCAUUAAGAGAAUAAGCAACAGAAAACAGUAAAAAAAUAAAUAAAACUGAAUGACAUAUGACAAGAUUGAAAUAAUUAUAACAUUACAUUGCAUUUAGCUGACGCUUUUAUCCAAAGCCUACAUAACAUUGAAUAAAAAAGACCAGAAUUAGAUAAACCAAUACAUCAAAUGCACAGGAGAACAGGGGUCUUCAGGUACAUACUGUAUGUGGCUAGGCCGGGGAAUGGUUUUAAAAAAAUAUAAACGCAUGCUAGCAGCCCUGCGCGGCUGUACUUACAACAGCAGCGUUUUGAAUUACAUGCUUAUUCUCAUAAUUAAAAUGCUACCAUGUUAAAAGGUA